AUGCCCUCUACCUCCUCCCCGCUCUCCCUCCUCCUUUCAGCCGUGGACUGGGUGGUGAUGGUGGAGGGGGGGCGCAUAGCAGAGCAGGGGCCGUACUUGCAGCUGAAGGCGUCCGCACCCAACUUCCAGAGGCUGCUGGAGAAGGCAGGCGCGCUGGAGGAGCACGGAGAGGAGGAGGUGGGCGGGGAAGGCGGAGGAGAAACAGCAGGGGACGCAGGCGGUGGUGGAGGUGAGACGAGCGCUGAAGCGGCAGCUGCUGCUGCAAUGUCUGGCAGUAGCAGCAGCAGCAGUGGUGGUGGUGGUGGUGGUGGUGGUGGUGAUGGUGGUGGUUCUGCUGUUGUGGAGAACGGCGAUUCUAGCAGUAGCAACCAGGUUGGGGAGAAGAGUGGAGCAGGGAAGGGGGAGAAGAGCGAAGCAGGGAAGGGGGAGAAGAGCGGAGCAGGGAAGGGGGGGAAGAGCGGAGCAGGGGGAACAACCCUAGUGCAGGCGGAGGAGAAGGCGCAGGGGGUGGUGAGCGCAGCGGUGGUGUGGCGGUAUGUGAGGGCCAUGGGCGGGUCAGGCGUGCUGGCGGUGCUCAUCUCGCUCUACGUGCUCGUGGAGGCGGCCAGGGUGCUGGCGAGCGUAUGGAUCAGCGUGUGGACCGGGUCCGUGUCUCCCAGUGGCCAAGGGUCGCUGUACUUUGUGGCAGUCUACUCACUCAUCUCGCUGGGCCAAGUGCUGCUCACCUUCGCCAACCAGUACUUCCUGGUGUUUUCCUCCCAGAGAGCGGCUCGUCGCCUGCACGAUGCCAUGCUGGCGGCCAUUCUGCGAGCGCCCAUGUCCUUCUUUCACACCAACCCCGUGGGGCGUCUGAUCAACCGCUUCACCAAGGACACGGCGGACAUAGACAAGAAUCUAGCGCAGUACACGUCGCUGUGCCUGGGCGGCAUCUUCCAGCUGCUCUCCACCUUCGCCCUCAUCGGCGUUCUCAACACCGUCGCCCUCUGGGCCAUCGUGCCGCUGCUGCUCCUCUUCUAUAUCGUCUACCUCUACUUCCAAUGCACCGCACGGGAGGUCAAGCGCUGGGACUCGGUGACGCGCUCUCCCGUCUACUCCCAGUUCGCGGAGGCACUGAAUGGGCUGGCGACCAUAAGAGCGUACAGGGCAGCACAGCGCAUGGCGGCCAUGAACGGCCGGGCGGUGGACCGCAACACUCGCUUCACCCUCGUCAGCAUGAGCGCCAACCGCUGGCUCGCCUUCCGCCUUGAGUUCUUGGGUGGACUCAUGAUCUUCGCCACUGCGGUAUUCACAGUGAUGGACGUGCAGCGGGCGGGCGACCAGGCUGCACUGGCACCCGUGAUGGGUCUCAUUCACCACACCACCCGGCGGUGUUUGCUUGCAGUCAUGGACGUGCAGAGAGCGGGCGACCGGGCAGCACUGGCGCUCGUGAUGCGAUGGGGUUUAUUGACCCCUUUGCACCUCCCUCGAAUCCCUUUGUACCGAACCCCACUGUCAGCCACUGCGGUAUUCGCAGUGAUGGACGUGCAGAGGGCGGGCGACCAGGCACCAUUGGCACCAGUCAUGCGGCUCUUUUCUCCACAUUGCGCUUCCUCCCUCCAUUGCACUGCACGUAACCCAACCGCACUGCACCUAACCCAACUGCAGUGCACCGAAUUCUACCUCAUUGUACCCCUUGCACUUCGCCCACCACCAGCCAUGGCCGUAUUCGCAGUGAUGGACGUGCAGCGGGCGGGCGACCAGGCAUCAUUGGCGCUGGUGACGGGGUUCAUGAACCACGUCUCACCUCCCUCAAUCUCACUGUACCGAACCCACUGCAUUGCUACCCUUCCCAUCACCAGCCACGGCGGUUUUCGCAGUGAUGGACGUGCAGAGGGCGGGCGACCAGGCAGCACUGGCACCAGUGAUGGGGCUCAUUCUGGUGUAUGCCCUGCAAAUCACAGCCAUGAUGACCAUGGUGCUGCGCCUGCUCUCUGUCGCUGUUCCCUCCCUCCUUCCUUAUUCCUUGUCUCCCACCCCUUCUUCUAUGGGGAGGUAUUAUUUGAGGACGUGGUGAUGCGGUACCGGCCGGACCUGCCGCCCGUGCUGAGGGGGCUCUCUGCGCUGGUGCAAGGGGGAGAGAAGGUCGGCGUGGUGGGGCGCACUGGCGCAGGGGGAGAGAAGGUCGGCGUGGUGGGGCGCACUGGCGCAGGCAAGUCGUCGAUGUUCAACUCGCUUUUCCGAUUGGCCGAGAUCGAGAGCGGGCGCAUCUGCAUCGACGGUCAGGAUCUGAAGCUGUUUGGAGUGACGGACGUGCGCCGUGCGCUCAUGAUCAUCCCCCAGACGCCCGUGCUAUUCACUGGCACAUCCGCGGACGGACGCGCACCCGCGGACGGACGCGCACCCGCGGACGGACGCGCACCCGCGGGCGACGAGGCGCACCCGCGGACGGGCGCGCACCCGCGGGCGACGAGGCGCAUCCGCGGACGGGCGCGCACCCGCGGGCGACGAGGCGCAUCCGCGGACGGGCGCGCACCCGCGGGCGACGAGGCGCAUCCGCGGACGGGCGCGCACCCGCGGGCGACGAGGCGCAUCCGCGGACGGGCGCGCACCCGCGGGCGACGAGGCGCAUCCGCGGACGGGCGCGCACCCGCGGGCGACGAGGCGCAUCCGCGGACGGACGCGCUGCCGCGGGCGACGAGGCGCAUCCGCGGACGGACGCGCUGCCGCGGGCGACAAGGCGCAGCCACGGGCGACGAGGCGCAGCCGCGGGCGACGAGGCGCAGCCGCGGUCAACGAGGCGCAGCCGCGGGCGACGAGGCGCAGCCGCGGGUACCACGGUUCAACCGUGCGCAACGUGACCGCACCACCCCUCCAGGUGGUGUCGUCCCUCCCCCCUCCUUGACCGCACCCGCCCUCAAGCCGGUGCCGUCACUCCCCUCCCCCUCAUGA